AUGCAGAAGUGCCGGUCAAUCAACCCUGCUCUGGGGUCGCGAGUCUUUGCUCCCGCCCCGCGCGUUCAGGUCCAGGUCCAGCGCCGCAACCUCCAGGAUGUCGCCAUUACUCGCACCGGACGUCCGAUUCUGAAGGUUCAAGGUGGUCGCUCGUCUCUCGGAGGCCACACUGCGACUGUGUUUGGUGCCACUGGUUUCCUGGGUCGCUACAUUGUCAACAAGCUCGCUACCCAGGGAUGCAAUGUGGUGGUCCCCUACCGUGAGGAGAUGGCCAAGCGUCACUUGAAGGUCACUGGUGAUCUGGGUCGCGUUACUUUCAUGGAAUACGAUCUCCGCAACACUCAGUCCAUCGAGGAGAGUGUCCGUCACUCCGACGUUGUCUACAACCUUGUUGGUCGCCAAUACCCCACCAAGAACUUCACCUACGCCGACGUGCACGUGGACGGCGCCGAGCGCAUCGCCGAGGCUGUCGCCAAGUACGAUGUGGACCGCUUCAUUCACGUCUCCUCCUACAAUGCGCGCCGUGAUUCACCCUCUGAAUACUUUGCCACCAAGGCUUGGGGUGAGGAGGUCGUCCGCAAAAUCUACCCGGAGACCACCAUUGUGCGCCCUGCACCCAUGUUCGGUUUCGAGGACAACCUGCUGCACAAGCUUGCGGGUGUCUCCAACCUCUUCACUGCCAACCACAUGCAGGAGCGUUACUGGCCCGUUCACGCUAUCGACGUCGGUGCCGCUCUUGAGAAGAUGCUGCACGAUGACAGCACCGUUGGUCAGACCUUUGAGCUUUACGGUCCAAAGAACUACUCCACCGCGGAGAUUGCCGAGUUGGUGGAUCGCGAAAUCAUCAAGAAGCGCACCCACAUCAACGUGCCCAAGGCUCUCCUGAAGCCCUUCGCGUACUACUUGAACAAGUACCUGUGGUGGCACACCAUGUCCGCCGACGAGGUCGAGCGUGAGUUCAUCGACCAGGAGAUCGACCCGGAUGCCAAGACCUUCAAGGAUCUCGGCAUGAACGAGACUGCCGAUCUGGCCGACUUGACCUUCCACUACCUGCAGGGUUACCGUAGCUCCUCCUACUACGAUCUUCCCCCUGCGACUGAGCGCGAGCGUCGUGAGGAGAAGAAGUAUCUGCACGUGCUGGACGACCAGUAG